GCCAGGCUCCCGCCUCCCGGUGGCGGGUUCUGGGUUUCAGGCGUCUCAGAAGCGACCCUCCCUGCUUGCGGCGUCUGCUACCCCUUGUUCUCCCGGCCAGGAGACCAAGCGGGACAUGGCCUCGGCCAUUGUGGGAGUAGCAAGACGGACCCUCGGCCGAACCCCUUCGCUCCUACUCCAGCGUGGCUACCAGACGGAAAGGGGUGUCUAUGGCUACCGGCCGAGGAAGCCCGAGAGCCAGGAACCCCGGGGCGCCCUGGCGCGCCCCCCAGGUCCGGGAUGGGGCCAGGCCGUGAGCCUGGGGGCUGGGGAAGCAGGAGGCCUCCCUGCCGGGCCUGCGGUGGGGUGCUGUUGGAAGCUUGUGGGCUGCGCCGUCAUCCACGUCAAUGGAGACAGCCCAGAGGAAGUGCUCCGUGCCACACGACUGGCUUUUGAAUACCAGCGCCAAUUCCGAAAGGAUGUGAUUAUUGAUUUGUUAUGCUACAGGCAGUGGGGCCACAAUGAGCUGGAUGAGCCCUUCUUCACCAACCCGGUCAUGUACAAGAUAAUCAGUACAUCUGUUCUCUCCUCCGAGCCGGUGCCCACAGGACUAUUGAACAUGGGAAAGGACGAGGCCUCACUUGAGGAAGUGUUAGCCUAUCUCGACCAAAUCUACUGCGGGCAGAUUUCUAUUGAAACCUCCCAACUUCAGAGUCAAGAGGAGAAAGACUUCUUUGCCAAGCGAUUUGAGGAACUGAAAAAGGAGACAUUUACCACAGAAGAGAAAAAACAUCUGUCCAAACUAAUGCUAGAAUCUCAGGAGUUUGACCACUUUUUGGCUACCAAGUUUGCCACAGUGAAGCGAUAUGGAGGCGAAGGAGCUGAAAGCAUGAUGGGCUUUUUCCAUGAGUUGCUGAAAAUGUCAGCCUACAGUGGGAUCACCGAUGUCAUCAUUGGGAUGCCCCAUAGAGGGAGACUUAAUUUACUGACAGGACUUUUGCAGUUCCCUCCAGAGCUGAUGUUUCGUAAAAUGCGAGGCCUAAGUGAAUUUCCAGAAAAUGUUUCAGCCACUGGAGAUGUCCUGUCUCACCUGACCUCCUCGGUGGACCUGGACUUUGGUGCGCACCAUCCCCUGCACGUGACAAUGCUGCCUAACCCCUCGCACCUAGAGGCCGUUAACCCCGUGGCUGUUGGGAAGACUCGGGGAAGGCAACAGUCCAGGCAGGAUGGGGACUACUCUCCAGACAGUUCUGCCCAGCCUGGGGACAAAGUCAUUUGCUUACAGGUUCACGGUGAUGCUUCUUUCUGUGGUCAAGGGAUUGUUCCUGAAACAUUUACACUCUCUAAUCUCCCACAUUUCAGAAUUGGUGGGAGUGUCCAUUUGAUUGUCAAUAACCAGCUGGGUUACACCACUCCAGCAGAAAGAGGAAGGUCUUCCUUAUACUGUAGUGAUAUCGUGAUGGCACUCUACGGCACCUUCGACAAUGACUGUGUUUGUCCCUCUGGUUUUCACAAAGCAGAUUAUUUUUCCCCCUUUUUGCUCCACAGAGCCCGAAAGAGCAUUCCAGACACGUAUGCAGAGCACCUUAUUGCCAUUGGACUGAUGACCCAGGACGAGGUGUCAGAAAUCAAAGCCUCCUACUAUGCAAAGUUAAAUGACCAUUUAACAAACAUGGCCCAGUACAGCCCCCCUGCCACUCACCUACAGGCCCAUUGGCAGGGUCUGGUUCAGCCCGAAGCUCGCAUUUCCACCUGGGACACAGGUGUGCCCCUAGACCUCCUGAGGUUUAUUGGCGGGAAGUCUGUGGAGGUGCCGGAGGAACUCCAGAUGCACAGUCACCUUCUGAAGAUGUAUGUUCAGUCCAGACUGGAGAAGGUGAUGGAUGGAACCAGGUUAGACUGGGCCACAGCAGAAGCUCUCGCCCUGGGCUCAUUACUUGCUCAAGGUUUUAAUGUGCGUCUGAGUGGCCAAGAUGUUGGCCGUGGAACUUUUAGUCAAAGGCAUGCGAUGGUGGUUUGCCAGGAGACUGAUGACACCUACAUCCCUCUGAACCACAUGGACCCUAAUCAGAAGGGGUUUCUAGAGGUCAGCAACAGCCCGCUGUCAGAAGAGGCUGUCCUGGGAUUUGAGUAUGGGAUGAGCAUCGAGAGCCCUAAGUUACUGCCCCUCUGGGAGGCUCAGUUUGGUGAUUUCUUCAAUGGCGCCCAGAUCAUCUUCGACACAUUCAUCUCCGGAGGAGAGGCCAAGUGGCUCCUCCAGAGCGGCAUUGUCAUCCUCCUUCCCCACGGGUAUGAUGGGGCUGGACCCGACCACUCAUCUUGUCGCAUAGAGCGUUUCCUGCAGAUGUGUGACAGUGCAGAGGAGGGGGUGGAUGGGGACACAGUGAACAUGUUCGUGGUACACCCCACGACUCCUGCACAGUAUUUUCAUUUGCUCAGGAGACAGAUGGUCCGGAACUUCAGAAAACCCCUCAUCGUUGCUUCUCCGAAGAUGUUACUCAGAUUCCCUGCAGCUGUGUCAACUCUUCAAGAAAUGGCACCAGGAACAACAUUCAAACCCGUCAUCGGCGAUUCAUCUGUGGACCCAAAAAACGUUAAGAGUCUAGUGUUCUGCUGCGGCAAACACUUCUAUGCCCUGCUGAAGCAAAGAGAAUCUUUGGAGGCUAAGAAGCGGGAGUUUGCCAUCAUCCGAAUAGAGGAACUGUGCCCUUUCCCACUGGACUCCUUACAACAGGAGAUGAGCAAAUACCAGAACGUUAAAGAUUUUAUUUGGAGUCAGGAGGAACCUCAGAACAUGGGUCCAUGGUGUUUUGUUUCUCCAAGAUUUGAAAAGCAACUGGCCUGCAAGCUCCGCCUUGUGAGCCGCCCCCCUUUGCCAACACCCGCUGUAGGAAUUGGCACCAUUCACCUGCAGCAGCAUGAAGAUGUUCUCACCAAGACCUUUGUUUGAUGACAUCCUUUAAAGAAAUACGACUUCCUGUAAAGAAAACUGCCAUAAUAAGAAAGGGUUGCUUCCCCUACUCUCUCCUCUUUUCAUUAGGUAACAUGAAAAGCUAAGACGCUGGGAUUGAUGAGGACAGUUUAAUCUGGAAUAUGUGGACUAGCCAAGGGAAAUAAUACAUGAAUCCAACAAAUAACUUAUAUCCUUAAAAGUACCAUCAUGUCAUAUUUUGGUUAGAUCUGAGUGCUUUACAGGGCUAGGUCAUUAUCCAGAUUUUUUUCAGACUCCACUCUUAUUAACUGUAUAUGACCAGGAAAAGUUCUUUAAGCUGACUUCAUAGCUGCAUAGAGAUUGCCUCAACAUUACCUCUCGAUUUGUUUGAUGAAUAUCACUCUCAUUUAUUUCCCCCUUCUUUAUUCAAAGUCCAAUAUUUUAAUUUGUGUCAUCUUUGGUGCUGUUUUCCUGCCACUGAAAAAUGUUUCCCCAAACACUGUAGCAAAACUAUAUUAUUCCUAAUUUGUUUUCUUCAAGAUCAUUGUACCCAUUAUCCAUAAAUAUAUGAAAUGCCAAUCUUUAGGUGUGAUCUUUCAGCAUAAUAUUAAGUUAAAGAGUUUUGUCUAAAUGAAAUUGUUUUGUGGUCUGUUUCAACAUAGUAUUUUUCUUUCCUAAAUUGUUCUUGCAGUGAUACCAUCAUAUUUUAUAUUGAUUUUGGGUGUCAGAUAAUGUGGAUUUCAGCCUGAUCGAUGAACCAGUCUUGCCUCUAAAAUCAACCAGUCUUGCCUGGUUGAUUAAUCAGUCUUUCCUCUCUGCUGCAGAAUUUGUGUUGUUUAAGUAGCUCUUUAACUUUGACAGUGGGAACUUCCCAAAGCCAGAAACUUGGGGAUUCACCAACAUACUCCCUUAUUCUGAAAUUAAACUUAGCACUGGAAGCAUAAUUAAACAGCAGCAACUGCAGCUUUUUGUGGCUUGGUGCUGCAGAGGCCAUUGACCAUUCUUGUGCUGUGACACUGUUUUUCUCAAAAAUGAUGGGAGAAGUACGGGGGCACUGGAAUGCCCUGUCCACUUUUACUGGUGACUAAUUGGUAAUGUUUUUCAGAAUCAGUAGAUAAGUUGUUCUGGUCACAGCAGUAGAUUCACGAUUCACAUCUUAAAUAUAUUAAUUAGUGUACUGAUUUAACAUUUCUGUAAUAUUCACAUCCCUUUUAUUCCUUUCUGUGUCAAGCCUUAUAAAUCAUGUAACUUGGUGCCAUUCAAAUAAGUCAGUAAAAUUACAAAGGUCUGUUUAAUGAGAAUAGUUAUGAAUGUUGUGUACUGAACUAGAAAAAAAAAUAAAAGAGUGCUAUUUUUUUUCAUA